AUGACGGAAUCACCAUUCCCAGAAGAGGAAAAGCUCUAUGGAGUGCUGGAUCCAAACAUCCGCCGCGUGUGUCUUGGCGACUACGAAUUUGACACCUGGUAUGGAAAUGCCGUCUACUUUGCGCCGGACGAGUCGACUCUCGGCUACGAGUAUUCCAACCGCCACUUGACCAAACGAGCAUCCAGGAAACCAGCAACAACAUCCUUCUGGCUCGAUACGCUCUACCUCUGCGACCAAUGCUUCAAGUACUCGGAUAAAAAGAUCGAGAUCGACGCACACCGCGCGGCCUGCGCGUACCGCGCGCGUGCGCCCGGCAAGGUUUUGUAUCGUGGUGCGGGCUAUGAGGUCCGGCGUGUACGUGGCUGCAAACACCCGUUAUUUUGUCAAAACCUCAGUCUCUUUGGCAAAUUGUUUCUUGAUAACAAAUCGGUGUUUUUUUCAGUGGAAACGUUUGAGUUCUACGUAGUUUACGGGUACGACGGGGAGAGCAUGCUCCCCAUGGGCUUCUUCUCCAAGGAGUUGCUCGCAUGGGAGGAUAACAAUUUGGCCUGUAUUGUGGUAUUCCCUCCGUUCCAACGACGGAGACUCGGCACCCUUCUCAUCGAGUUCAGCUACGCAUUGUCGUGCAGCGAGGGUCGUGUCAGCGGGCCAGAGCUUCCGCUCUCGCAGUUUGGCCGCGUUGCGUACGUCGCUCACUGGUGCAAGGUGUUGGCACGCGCGUUCAUGCGCGGUGCGUUCAAGGACGCUGUGAAGGUGAAAAUGGCACAAGUUAGCACGGUCACGGGCUUGCGGUAUGAUGAUGCACUCAUGGCGUUGCGUCAUAUGGGGGCGAUAGAGGGGAGGGAGGUCUUAAGGGGGAAUAUUGAAAAGUGGGUGGAAGAGAAUCGGAUCAAUUUAGAAGGGUCAGUAUUGGAAGAAGGGGGGCUAGUUGUCUAUUAA